UCCUUAGAUUCCCCACCACAUAUCCAGAACAUUCCUUCUCUCGCCUAUUUCCUCUCUCUAAAACCCAACUUCUUUUCAACGACUCUAUUCCAUUUUUCAUUCUCAAAUUAUCCACCGCCAAACCAAAAUCUCUUAUUAAACGACAAUGGCGCCCAGGUCGUUUAACCUACGCACAGCGUUCUUUCUUCUCGUCGUUUCGCUAUCUCCUUUAUCUUCUUCGGCUCUGGUUUCGUCUUCCGAUUUCUCAACCCCAUACCCAAAAGCUAUUUCUGAUUUGAGAGAUGCGACGGUGAAAUGGCUGGGGCUUCAGGCUGAAGACUUGAAGAUAUCUGGUUUUGAUUUGAGAGAUGCGCGGGUAGGACAUUCGGUUGCGUACGAGUUCGAUGUUGAGGUUGAUAACAAGGUCCUUCCUUUCAAGCUUUUGGAGGAUAUUGACAAAUGGGACUACGUUGAUUUGCCCAUUUUUAGGGUUGAGAAUGGGCUAGUUGAGAAGAGUAAAUUGGAAAGUGGAUUACCUCCUGUUUUGGCCCCGUUUCAGCUCGCUGGCCCAAUGGAGCUUUGGAUUCAAGACGCCAAGGAUAUGAGGAUCUCCCUCCCUCAUGAUGUGGAUGCUGGUGUUUUGAAGAAAAUUAUAUUAGCAGAUGGUGCCGUGGUUACGAUCAAGGGUGCCAGAUCGGUUAGUUUGCGCCACCCACUUGAUCUGCCUCUUCCUUUCAAUCGAACUGGCAAUGGCUUUGCCUCUGGUCUACUUACCCUAGCUGAAUGGCUACGCCAUGCUUCCCGCAGUCAAGGCUCUCCACUGCUCUCACUUCGCAUUGUUGGCCCCACUUCUAUCACAUCCCCAUCGACAUCAUCAUCCUCUUCCAGUAACAGGCUUAAGCUUAAGCGACUUGCGCCAGGUCUUGUGGAGCUGUCCUCGCCCUCUAAAACUAAAGCUAUUGAGACCAUUUCAUCUGUUGAUCUCUCAAAUGAGGUUACUUCCCUCUUAAGUCCUAGCCAGUUCACCACCUUGUGGCCUCUUGUUUCCAUCAAUGGGUCCAACUCAAAAGUAGUUGGUUUUGAGACGCUACUCGCUUCUGUUCUGGGUCCUAAUGCUAACAACAAAGGCUCCUUUAAGUUGCUGAAGGCUGAUGUUUCAUCUCAAACCUAUUUGAAGAUUGGCUUUGCGGCGGAGAAGAAGUUGAAAGAAGGAGAUGAUGCUUACUGGGAAGGUUUACCUGAAUGGAGAACAAAGCCUGAGACAGUAAAGAUGCAUUUUGAGGUACUUGCUAAGGUAGAUGGUGACAAGGUUGUGCCUGAGAGAAUAGUACCUAUUAAACCAGUUGUUGUGGAAGACACUGUGGCACCUAAUGUACUUACUGGGAACGUGACAAUGUCAAGGACUCCUAUUAUUUACCCUCCUCCUGACCCCUUCACACUGUAAAUUGGUGUACAUCAUAAGGUGUGAUUUCCUGGUCACAGGGUUUAAGUGUAAAGAUAAAGUGUGUUUUGCCCCAUUUUAAGUUUAUUAGAAUAGAAUUAUACCGUUAAAGAUAUGGACUUCACCAUGUAGGUCGCCAUUUUCACAUAUACUUCCCCGAGGUUGGUUACUAUAAUAUUAAAAACCAAGUAUAAGUUUGUAUUGUACAUAACCCGGAUGAGUGAGUGGUUGAGAGGCUUGAGACUUGAAUAUAGUGAUACAUCUUGAGUUGAAUUUAAGAAAGAACUUUUUUAUGUUUUAUUUAACAUGAUCUGAAGUCAUGGCCUCAAGCUGAUAGUUGUAAAUUGUCUGGUUCCGAAAUCUGCUAUAAUCACAUAACAAAGUAGAUUUGUUUCCAUCAGGUGGUUCCAGAUACAAACUACUUGUUAUAAUACAUUAUAAUUACAUAAGAACACUUUCACUGACUGCCUUCAUUUUAUUUCUUGAUGAAUGAUACCCCCUUCUGAAUGCUUUCUGCCAACUCCUUUUUUGCUUUCUCCAAUCCAAUCCUGAUUAGAGAUGAGUAAAUUAACUCAGUUGUACAGUGAUUAUAUCAUUUAGUUAUGUAAAAACAAUAGAAAAUAGCUGUUUUAUUUAUACCUCUCGUACUCAUUUAGUGGCCCAAGUUGGAAAACUUCUUCAGCUCCACUACGGCCUAGCCGAACCUUGGUUGCGAAGAAAGGAAGUUCUGUCACCUGUCAUUUGAAAACAUUUUACAAGAUUAGAAGUUGUUAUCAGAAAAAAUAUGUAUCUCAAGCUCGUGACACCAAACUUUACCUGAGAAGAUACAAAAGAGCAUUCCACAACAUUAGCAUCUCCUCUCAGUCCUCUAAGACAUGCAUCAGCAAAUUUAACAGCUGCAUAUGCCUAUAAAUGUUUUGUUUUUCACUUGUGAGAAACAUAAGCUUUUACUUACAACAAUAAGUUGGUAAGUCAACAUGUAAUGAUGUUGGAUGUUUUGAGUAAAUUAUGGCUAACCAUUGACAAAGUUGCGGAGCCAGUCCCAGCUUUUGCCUGCAACAAAUGAAUAAAAAAACUGUUAAAAAUCAAUGGAAUGUUAAACAAAAUCCCAGUUUUGGUUUGCAAUAUCAAGUAUCAUUCUUGGUCGUUUUUCAAGGGAUUACCUCGACAACUUCUGUUCCACCAUUUUGAAUGCGAUCGGUCAGGUAUUCUAUUUCUUGUUGGGUGAAGGAAGAGGGAGGCUUCACCUGUCCCAGAUAUGUAUUGUAUCUGUUAUUAUUGUUUAAAACAAUGAUGGAGAACAAAAGAAAAGGUUCUAAAUUACCUGUGACAGAAGUGGCAAGAUUGUCACUCCUGCAUGACCUCCAACGACAGGCACAUCAACUUCCCUAGGAUCAAGUCCCAGAACUUCUGC